AUGCAGUUGUUACAUCUGUGCGAACGAAGUGCAAUCGAUGAUACAGUGCGUUCAUUGCGCAUGCUUGUCUUACCCUGGACGCCCGGCCGCGGGGAGUGGGUGUUACACAGCCUCUCAUAUCUCCCGUGGCAACAAGGAGGAGUGUUCCAAACAUUAGUUGAUAAACAUUUCCCGGCGCCGGAUCGAGAGCGAAUCAACAGGUUGCUGGGUUUGGAGCCAAAGAAAGCACCGCUUAUCACACUACCAGCGGUCACUAAUGGCAAGAAUGGUGUCGAUGAUGAUGCCAACACCUCCAAGAGAAAACUGACGUCACGGCAACAAGCGAACAUGGCAGCCAAGCGUGCUCGUGGCGGCUCAUCCAGCGAUAAAUUCUUCCGUGGGUCAGAAGACGAACUGGAGCUGGAACCAGAUUCGGAUGAAGAGAGACGCGUAUCAGACUCGGAUUUGAGUGACACCAACCCUUUCCAGUUUAAACCCUGGGUAAAUCGCAAAAAGAAACAAACGAAAAAGAAAAAAGUAGCAGCGAAGAAGAAAAACACGACACAAGACAAGAUUGAAACGAUGUUUGAGAAGAAAAACACAACGCCUACAGUCACAGUCAAAACUAACAGUGGCCAGAGUCUUACCGGCACCCCCGUUGGCACCAACGGGUUAUAUCUAGGUAAUUAA